AUGCGGGUUUUUCCUGAUGCAGUAGAUUACGCCAAACCGGAUGGUCUGCACAUCCGAAUAUUCGUGCACAACCUUAUUCCUUUGGAUAAAGCCAAAGGAUUUGGCACAGACGCUGCAGGAUUUGCCUUAUUGUGUGUCAUUCCCCAUUCUUUCAAGCAUUGCAUGUACGAUGUUCACCUGCGAAAACUAGUCUUGUAUCUGCAAGGUAGUUCAGGAUUCAGUAUCGACCUAUCUUUCAGCAUACACCUGGGGAGUGCGACCCUUUGGCUUGAUUUUUGUGAGAUUGAUCUCAGUACACCGAUGACAGUGUACAUCUUCCAAACGAAGCAAAUGGAUAACGAGGCCAUCAUCAAGUAUCUCAAACACUUUCGUGCAGAUAACAUUGGUGGGUAUUUCCUCAAAACGCUAAGGGCCGCCAAUGUUCACGCGAAAGGUAGUCAGACUAUGAUCUUUGAGCAAAGUUUCGGAGGCUUCUGUGCCGCCACCUACCUUUUGUUCCACAGUGAUGGUUUGAAGGAGAUCUUCAUCACUGGCGAUAUCCCACCCAUGGUCGACUCUCCUGGUGCAGUUGACAAAGCCCUUGUUUUGAAGGUGGAAGAAUGA